GGAAUUUGAAACUACUGAGGCGAUUGAUAAACAAAAGUUACAAAAAGAAUUGAGAAUAUUUACAAUGGAUAUUAUUGUAACCACUUUUACAAAUCCUUUUAAAUUUUUUUGUUAUGUUAAAGGUGCAAUUAGUGAAAAUGUUUAUCUCGAUGAUUUCACGAUGCUCGACAAACUUUCUUACGAUGUUUCCAAAGUAGAUCACGGACAGUAUGUAGCAGUAAUGUGGAAAAAUAAAUGGACUCGAGGGAUAAUUUCGAUGGAAAAUCAGUUUUUGAUUUGGUUAAUCGAUCAUGGUAUAUUUUUGCGACCUGAUAAGGAUACGAUUUACGUAGACUUACCUCAGCGUUACAAGACGUACCCAAGUAAAGUUUUUGAAGCUAGUAUUCAUGGUGUUAUUCCAGUAGAUAAGGUUAUCAGUCAAGAGUGUCAGAUAACAAAUGGUGUUACCACUGAAUGGAACAAGGGAGCCAUUGAAAAAGCUCAAGAAUUGAUAAAAAAUGCUAGGAACACUUAUUUUGUACCUCUUGCAUUGAUGAAAACAAAAUACAAUGAUGUGAUACUUGGAGACUUAUAUCUAGAAAAGCCUGGCAAUCGCCUGAUGAAUUUUAUUCAGGAAUUAGAAUUAUGGCCUGUAUUUUUAGAAUGUAAUAAAAAAGCAUACAUAAAUAAUCUACAAAAUUUUUAUACAAGUCGACGUAAACAUCGUGCUUGUUUCGUGAAACCAAACGUUAUAGAUUCAAAUAUGCCCGUUAUGACUUUAGAAACAAACUUAGUUGAGUACAACGCCAUCUGUGUUAAGCAACCGGAAUUUUCAUUAAUUCAAAAUUCCGAAGGGAGCUCAAUAGAUGGCAGCACUGUACUUGAUAUUGAUCAAAAAGGGGAGAAAACUGUUUACAAAUUAACGCAUGAUGAAAUUGAAAAAUAUGCCGAUAUGAAUAUAACUCUACACGGUCGAGAAUAUAAUGCUUUGAAAAUAUUAGUAAACAAAAUUCGAGAUCUAAAUAUUUGCGAACGUUACAAAGACCACGAUUUAAAAACGAUUGGAUGUGGUAUAACUACACGAAGAUGUUUGCAUUAG